AUGACUACGAUGCCGUCCAGAAGAGGUUUGCCUCGACUUAAGUAUACCCCCGCGGCCUCGCAACAACUUGCGUUAACCAAGGAUACAGCGAAGAUGAAUCGAGUGACUAGUGGCAUCGGUGGAGCAUUGGAGGGGGUACAGAUGAGAAUCGAGACACUAACGCGGGAGAUCAAGGCCGACGAGAAGGGCAAGAAGGACUACGACGAGCAGCUGUUUCGACUAAAUGAGCGACGGAAAGACUUGGAAGCCAAGUUGAAGGAGUGUCGAGAAUGGAGCGCGCUCUUUGAGAGCAAGAUCAAACCUCUUGCAGGCAAGUACACGGAGACGACGGACAGCAUGCAAGGGCAGUAUGACGAAGCCAAACAACGCCACGCUCAGGGAAUCAUCGUGCUUAUGCAGAACUUCGACUACCAUCCAGAGUUCAAACGCUUCAGCGACACCUUCACCGCUGUCCCCUUCAAACCAAAGUAG